CAACACAUCAUCCAAGCGGCCUCGUUUCGUGCAUACUUUGAAUGUAUAUACUAAUGAUCUCGUCGGCCGGUCGGCAUCGCACUUAUUGCAUGAGCCAGAGCUCUGGGACAAACUGGUCACGGUGCGACUGGCUCGUGAUCAGACGAUGGUAUGUAUCUGUCUCGCAUCGCCUACCAAUGCUGUACCCGUGGGUAGUGUGAGUGCACUUCCUGCACACUCAUGGCCAUCGGCGAUCCCUUUUUCGGGCUCUAACUUCGACCCUUCAACUAAUUCUGCUGCCUUGCCUGUCGAGUCUAAUGGGUCAGGUAUGGAAGGACCCGCGAUAAUAGGAGGAAACUUUGGCGGGCCAACCUGCCUCAUGAUGAGGGUAGCUGAUGGCGAUGGUCUUCCUGUGCAGGCAUCGAGGCUUAUUUUUGAAUAUGCAGAAUUUCAUCCUACUGGACAUGGCGAGAAGCGUAUCUGCCCCCGUUGCCAUGCUUCGGCCAGUGUUCAAGGAAGUACAUGUUUGGUCUGUCGUAACAAUGUGAACCAAUGCUACCGCUGCCGGAGUAUCAACCUGAGCAACGAAGACGUAUUCCUCUGCUCCACUUGCGGCUCUUCACGUAGUGGAAAGAUAGAAUUUAGUGUAACUGCGAGGUUGGUCAUUAUCCAGUCUGUAUUACGAUUAUAUGUAUAUAUUUAUGUCUCUUUACUUGACUUCAUACUUGACUGUAUGGUGUAA